AUGGAUUACAGCUCGCCGUCUCCCUAUCCUCCAAGCUCACCCUCAGUCACGUCAGACGACGAAGACAUGGAGCCGCUCUCGAAAGCCAGUCUUCGCUCAUCAAUAAUGGCCCUCUCGGAGACGAAGCUUCGUGCGAUCCUCCUCAAGUUGGCGGACAGCAAUCCUCGGUUCCAGCGCGCAAUCACGAAGGAGGUGGCUUAUGCCCAACCGCUCCUUGACUCGCCCCCUACGACGCCGACUAACGCCACACACCAUCGGAAACGUCGAAGCAAGACGCGGAAUCAUUGCAAGAGCCUAUCAGGCGCGUCGACACCAUCACAGAGCAAACGAAAGCCCACCCUGGCACUAGCUCAUCUUGACGAAGCUGCAUUCGCCUAUCAUCCCGGUCAUUUGGAGGAAGAGACGUACGAGUUCCUAUCAAGGACGCCCGACGACGUGACGUUCCAAGUCGUACGAACGAUAACGAUGUGGAGUUGCUGCGACGAAGACGAACAGAGCCCUGGGUGCAUGACCGUCCCUGCAUUCCCGCUUCCCAUGAGCUCCGACCACCAGAGCUCCGUAUGCAGCAUCGAGUUCUCGCACCCAGACGUGUUCCCAGACUCGGACUUGGAACGGCACCAUGAGGCCCUCGCGCGUGACCUGGGUCCUCCGACGAGCGCUGCUGGACGCUGUUCCGGUGCGGCACAAAAGGACGAGCUGGUGCACUGA